UGCCCGGCACCCCGUGCCCCCCCCGCCCCGGGGCUCCUCCGUGCCGUGGGAUCCCGCCGUGACCCCGGCCGGGGGAGCACGGUGUGACCCCGCGCCUGCCGUGCGGUGUUCGAGGGAAGGGCGGAGGCGGUAGGAGAUCCCCGUUCUUGCAAAAAUGCAGCUCGCUCUUUUCUUGUCCUGGUGCUGCUGCCUGCAUGGAUGCGCGCUGGGCACCGGCUUCCUCUAUCAAUUCCCAGCAUCAACCCUGCAGCACAACUACCCAGAGCAGAGCUCUGGCUCGCCGGGCAGCGGCUUCGCCAGUCGCCGGCACUGGUGUCACUACACAGUCACAAGGACAGUCUCCUGCCAGGUGCAGAACGGGUCAGAGACGGUCAUCCAGAGAGUUUAUCAGAGCUGCCGGUGGCCAGGACCUUGUGCCAACUUAGUGAGUUACAGGACUCUCAUCAGGCCCACGUACAAAAUGUCCUACAGAACUGUGACCACGCUGGAGUGGAGGUGCUGUCCUGGCUUCACAGGGAGCAACUGUGAGGAGGAAUGCAUGAACUGCACCAGGCUCGCUGAUAUGACCGAGAGGCUGAACACGCUGGAGGCCAAGAUCCUGCUGCUGGAGGCUGCAGAGAGGAGCCCAGCCCUGGAGAACAACCUGCCCAUCACCGGCACCACGGCCACGUGGUACGACGAGCUGCUGCCAGACGCCUUCCCCCUGCUGAACCCCGGCACUGUCCUGAGGAAAACCGUGGCAUCUGGACAGGUUGGUCCCCCGGGCCCGGUUGGACCCACUGGGCUCCCAGGACCACCAGGGCCGAAAGGAGAGAAGGGACAGCCCGGUGAGAGGGGCCCAGCAGGGCCACCAGGGAUGCUGGGACCUCAAGGACCAAGAGGACUUCCAGGAGAAACUGGGAUCCCAGGUCCCCCAGGUCCUCCAGGGCCACCAGCCACCCCAAGCCUCCCUCUCACCUUCCAGCAAGGGGUUCUCUACUCACUCCAGCCCACAGCUGAAAAAGAAAAUGGAGAACCCCAGCUGGCCUCCACCGUCAUCGACACCAUCAUGGCUGGACUGCCCGGACCCAGGGGAGCCCCGGGGCCCGCGGGACCACCAGGACCUAAAGGGCCCCCAGGACCCAUUGGAGCCCCUGGAUCACAACUUUAUUUCCAACAGGGGCAAGCAGGUCUGCCUGGAGAGAGGGGCAUUAAGGGAUUUCCUGGUGAACCAGGAAAGAAGGGUGAGGAAGGUGACAAAGGCGCUGAUGGGGAAGGUGUCCAACAGCUUCGAGAGGCUCUGAAGAUUUUAGCUGAGAGGGUAUUAAUCCUUGAGCACAUGAUAGGAAUUCAUGACUCUUUGUCUUCCAUUGAGCCAGGCUCUGGACAGGAUGUGAUCCCGGGCUCCCCCCUGAGAACCAGCAUCAAGAUCAAGCGAGGAGGACCCCGGCAGCCCCAGGCCCAGCAGAUCCUCUCUUCACUGCUGGAUGACGGUGAAGGCAGAAGGAGAAGCCACCGGAUGAAGUAGGAGCAUCUCCAUGUCCUCCCUGCCUGUUCUCCAGUUAAAGAUACAGUACCCAGUGCUUAAUUGCACCCUGCAGAUGAAGGGGGUGAGAGGCUGCAGUGUUGGUGGCUCAAUAGCGAGCUCUGAUUGCAGGGAAUAACUUAUCCAUAGCUCAGAGAGGGUUUUGAGAAUGUUCUCCUGGAUUUUGUUGUUUGUUUUGCCUUUGGAAUAGCAGUUGUCAGGUGUCUCAGAGGCUGCCUGCAGAAGUGGCAUCUCCUGGCUGUGCCUCGAGGGUUUAACCCUGCCCUUGACAGUCACUCAGUAAAGCUCUGCUUAACUGGCCAAGAUUAUCCUCAAUCCCACCCAGACCCAAAGCCGAGC